ACCAACAACAAAAAAAAUUAUUCACACUUUACAAUAGAAUUAAAUGUAAUUACACUAGUACCCAUUUCUUUUCAACAAUGGCAUUCUGCUGGUGUCAGCGCGUCAGUUACUCCGAGAAGAAAACAGUUGGAGCAAAAGGCCUUCAUCGACCAACAGCCUAAAGCUAAAGCCCAUAUGUUUCUUUGUGACAUCAUAUCAUUUUGCACUUGCUUAUGGAUUAUGGCUGCCCCCCAUGACUACUACUCUCCUGGACCACAUGUGCCCGAUGUUCUGCAUAUGCAGGACGAUCACAGAUCCUCGGUUAUUUGGGAUAACCAGGACGACAACAUUGCCUUGGGGUCGCGUUCGAGCGCCGGAUUAUCCGCUUUUGACACGAUAGAUCAUCGCAUCCGGGCCGGCAUCAUACAGACGGGCCUUUCUGGUUUCAUCGAAAUGCGGCAGCUUCCGGUGGACAUGUCCCUGGUGACUGCCCUUGUUGAGAGGUGGAGGCCAGAGACGCAUACAUUUAUGUUUCCAGAGGGGGAGUGUACGAUCACGUUGCAGGACGUGGCCAUCUUGACGGGGCUCCCCAUAGAUGGGUUGGCAGUGACCGGACCUCGUAUAGUUGAUUGGAACACUAUAGCUGUUCCCCUUUUAGGCAGAGCGCUUCAGGCUAGCCAUUCACCAGGUUCAUCGUGGGUCGGCACUGGGUGGUUAUAUGCCGAGUUCGCUCAGUUUCUGUAUUUGCCGGAGCAUGCUACUGAGGUGGAGAUUGGGUGGGCUGUCCGAGCUUACCUUUGGGCUGCUCUACAGGGUUUGUGCUUCACGGAUUUGAACAGUGGCCACUUAGGCUUGAGGAUUCUACCGCAGCUGGCAGAUUUAGGGGGUUUACGCGACAUCAGUUGGGGAUCGGCGGUUCUAGCCCACCUAUACCACGAGUUGUGCAUCGCUUCCAUGACAUCCCAACACAGAAUUAACAUUGGGGGCGCCACGUGGAUUCUGCAGCUCUGGGCAUUCGAGCGUCUGACACCAUUGCGUCCUCGUUUGAUCGACGCUCAUAUUGCACCACAUUUACCUUUGGGUGACAGAUGGGCGGGCCCUAGGGAUCGUCGGAGGGUCCCUAGACACGAUUUGCGUAGCAUCAGAGUACUACUGGAUGGUCUGCGUUACGAGGAUAUCGAGUGGCAGCCAUACUCUGACGUUAUUGUCAGAUCCAUCCCUCAGCAGUACUUGGCGGGGGCACGCCUUUGGCGUGCGCGAGUGCCACUGAUUUACUAUCAUAUUGUCGAGUGGCACCAGUCGGAUAGGGUGCUUCAGCAGUUUGGAUUAAUUCAGCCUAUUCCUUUGCCAGCCAUGCAGGAUCAUCGCCUUCACAACAUCCGCUAUCGGGGAUGCAACAACUUUUUAGAGCUACUCCUAUAUUAUGUCAUGAUUUGGAACAACAGGGAGUCAUUUGUCGUUGAGGGUCACCAGCUACAGCGUCCACCACACUACCAUUCACAGUACAUGGAGUGGUAUCGGAGCCGUAGUCGGAGAUGGAUUACCCAUCAGGGUGCAGAGACCGGUUCUAGUCGUGAUACGAUGGAGAUGAUUCGCUUGCAGGCAGAGGCGGGUUCCAGGAUUAGGACUGCUGCACGUAGUUUGCAGUUGGCUAGCAGAGAGGAGCGGAGGGACGUCACAUUGCCCGCACCCGAACCAACAGUCCCGCCAUUCAUACUACCUGACAUCCCUCCCGCUACGAUUGAUUUGGAUGCCAUCCAAGGACGCCGUAGACAGCGACCUAGAGCUCGCGAGCAACCCCGUCCACGGCCAGCGGACCCUAUCCCGCCACCGGUCUACUUUCACGUGGAUGUCGCUGAGACCUGGGAUAGACAUCGGGAGUACUACAGGCCCACACAGUAUUGCGGGACAACCUCUGAGGCUCCAUCGCAGUCUCUGUCGCCCCAGACUUCACCAUCACAAGGGCCCCGGGCUUCAUCGUUUCAGGUGUCACCAACGUCUAUGCCGUUUUUUAACUCGUCUUAUGGAAAAAUGGCAUAUACGACUCCCCUAGCCACGCCGCCGCACUUUAGCCAGCCUACAUCACCAACUCAGUCAGAUCAGUAUCAGCGUCCACCGCCACCGACAUUUCCGGCGCAAUCUGAUCAAUAUUACUAUCCCUCGUCGCCUCGGUUCGAUCAGCCGUCGACAUCACAUGAACGACCCUCUUCUUCCCCAUAGGAUCAGGAUCUGCAUUUCUCUGUUACAGAGCAUUGGUUGUACAGUCCAGACCCUACCUGUAAGGCGUUUGACAUGUUUCAGUCGCGGGCUUUUGGUAUCGCACCUCCGUCCUUUGCACUCCUCCCAGAAAACUCCUCACAGGAUAUGCCUGGUACUGCACCAGCUCUAUUUGUCGACCAGCCAGACCAUGAUGAGGCUUGAGGGCCCUACAUAUGGCAGAUAGUAUCGCACAAUGACUGAGAGCAUGUACAAGCGACAACAGAACCAGAGUUACAAUAUGAGGCUGCAAAUGCGGAGGACCAGACGCUAUCAGGAUUAGUUGUAUUGUAUUUCAUAUUUUUUUGUUGUACAAUAUUUUAAUUAAUGAAAAAAAUUACAAUUAUUUUUUAUUA